AUGUCGCUGUUUACAUCACUUCCUUUUCUUCUCCUGAUUGUGGUGACAGCACCUUGUGCAGACACAGAAACAGAGAACUGUGAGAAUAUCCAGAAGACCUGCCCUGUGAUUGCCUGUGGUCCUCCAGGCAUCAACGGCUUCCCAGGCAAAGAUGGGAGUGAUGAUGCCAAGGGAGAGAAGGGAGAACCAGGUCAAGGACUCAGAGGCUUGCAGGGCCCUCCUGGAAAGAUGGGCCUCAAGGAACACCAGGGAUCCCUGGGAUACCAGGACCAAUAG